AUGGGUUGUACAUCCACAAAACUAAAAAAUAAGAAGGAUCUCUGUUUUGUAAAUGUUCCUCUUCAAGCUGGAAGAAAAAUGAGCAAAGAAGAAGGAAUCAUUACCAGAGAAUAUAAAAUUAACUCGACUAAGGUCAAUCAAGUGAAAAAGUAAAUAGUUAGUGAAGCUUCGCCCGUAACUGAAGGAAAGAUCAUUUCAAACAAUUUCAUAAAGGAUGCACCAUAAAUUUAAUGA